AAAACUCUGAACCGUAGACAAGCUCAUCACAAAAGCAACUGUAAGCUUUACAAAAGUCUCUGAAAUCCAGCUGAUAGUUCGUCUGAAGAAAAAAAGACUACAUUUACUUCUACUGCAUUAAUGCUAAAGAUGUCCAGAUUGAUUUUCUUUGUUCUGGUUGUGACAUUGCAAGUGUGUUUGGCAUCAUCCAAUCCAUUGCCCACUCCUGCUCCAGACAAUGCUGGACUUAUUGAAAGAGCAAAGCAAGCGUACAGGGACACAAAGACUAAAGUUCUAAAUGUUGGCAACACAGUGGCUGGUUUUGCUGGCAUGUACUAUGAGGAACAUCUCAAACCUGUAACUGACCCUUACAUGGAGUGGGCAAAAGACCGUGCAAGUUCCGUGUGGGAGAGAGUGAAAAGCAGAGUGCCCUCCUUCAGAUCAACCCAAGAUCAAUAAGCAAAGCAGUUCUUCAGGGACCAUUCCCAAUCCCAAUUUUCAGGAUACAGAUAUUUUGGAAUUAAUACACCAAAUCAUACCUCCAAUGUAGUCAUGCCAUUGUAAUAAUGCACAACUAAAGAGAAAGUGCAAUUACACAAUACCCAUAUCUAUAUGAAGAUUAUAAAAUAAUAAUUCAGUUAUUUUUCUGUAUGUUUCCAUUUAACAACAAAUUAAUAAACAUGGAUAAUGUUACAAAAAAAA